GCUUCGCAAACGGCCAUACUGCACCGCUCCGCCAUUUUACGCUGAACAUUUUUUGCAAGAUAGGAGAAAAUAUUUCGUGCCCGAGUAGAAUGUAAAUAGUUUUGGAUUUUUAAUACGGACAUCAGCGGGCUAAGGCAAUUACCGUGCUAAUUGUUGAGAGGAGUGAUUCUCCUACAAAAGCGAGGAGCAGCACGCCGGUUUUUGCUCCGGCUUGCUCUGAAAACUGUACGAAGCGUGAGUGCGACAGAGAUAGAACGAGUGCCGUGUGUGUUUGUGUGCGUGCGAAAGUUGGAAAAAGCGGCGGAAAAUCUGUAAUUACGCCUAGAGAUAUCCGCUUUUGUGGCUUAGCAUGGCCGACGUGGUCUUGGAUCUGUACGCGGAGGACCUGGACAAGGACUUUGCCGGGCAGGCUCAGGACGAAUUUGGAGGAGAUGGCGUCGAUUUAUACGAUGAUAUUGGCGGUCCGACCGAAGCGGCCGCUUCCGGUGGGGGUGGCGGCACGCCCUCAGCGGAUGGAUCCGCGGGACCCGGUUCCGGGGACUCUGGCGAUCGAAUUUCCGGCGGUCCGAACGGGGUUUACCAUCAGAGCGGUGGUAGCCUCACUCCGACCAUGAACCGCCGCUACCAGUUGUACGUGGGCAAUCUCACCUGGUGGACCACUGACCAGGACAUCGCCAAUUCACUGAGGGACAUCGGCGUGAGUGACCUGCAGGAGGUAAAGUUUUUCGAAAACCGGGCCAACGGCCAGUCGAAGGGAUUUAGCGUUAUCUCGCUCGGCUCGGAGUCCAGUUUGCGCGCCGUCCUCGACCAGCUGCCCAAGAAAGAGAUGCACGGCCAGGCGCCAGUGGUCACGUACCCCAGCAAGCAGGCGCUCACUCAGUUCGAGAGUCUGCAGAAGACGCGACCAGUGCCGCCGCCGCAGCAGAAUGGACCGCCGAGGGGUCCGGCACCGCCGAGCAUGGGCGGAGGACCAAUGCCCUCCGGACAUCCGGGCGGACCGCAGGGAGGCGGACCGCCUGGGCAUCCCCCUCGUGGAAUGAACACCAUCAUGCAGCCGGGUCAGUACCGACCACAGCACAUGUCGCAGGUGCCCCAGGUGGGCGGACCUAAUGCCGGACCUCCACGCAUGCAGCCGCCGAUGCAUCCGCAAGGCGGGCUCAUGGGCAACCAACAGCCGCCACCCCGGUAUCCGUCAGCGCAGGGCCAAUGGCCAGGUCAGCGGCCAGGCGGACCACGACCAGGUCCACCGAACGGACCGCCGCAACGACCAAUGUUCCAAGGAGGACCCAUGGGCAUGCCGGUUAGGGGGCCACCUGGUCCCGACUGGCGUCGUCCGCCCAUGCACGGCGGUUUCCCGCCGCAGGGCCCGCCACGUGGCCUUCCACCAGCGCCAGGACCGGGCGGACCGCACGGCGCCCCUGCACCCCACGUGAAUCCGGCCUUUUUCAACCCACCCGGCGGCCCUGCCCAACAUCCGGGCAUGGGUGGUCCGCCCCACGGAGCCCCCGGUCCGCAGCCAGGCAUGAAUAUGCCGCCGCAACAGGGCAUGAACAUGCCUCCGCAGCACGGACCGCCGCCACAGUUCGCCCAGCAUGGACCGCGAGGUCCUUGGCCGCCACCGCAGGGUAAGCCACCAGGACCGUUCCCCGAUCCUCAGCAGAUGGGGCCCCAGCUCACGGAGGUGGAGUUCGAGGAGGUGAUGAGCAGAAAUCGCACAGUCAGCAGUUCGGCGAUCGCCAGAGCUGUUUCUGAUGCGGCCGCUGGUGAAUAUUCAAGCGCGAUUGAAACGCUGGUCACGGCUAUUUCGCUGAUUAAACAGUCCAAGGUUGCGCACGACGAGCGCUGCAAGAUCCUUAUAAGCUCGUUGCAGGACACGCUGCAUGGCAUCGAGGCAAAGAGCUAUAACAGGCGCGAAAGGUCGCGGUCCAGGGAACGAUCCCAUCGCAGCCGGCAGAGGCGAGAGCGCUCUACGUCUAGAUAUCGUGAGCGUUCACGGGAGCGUGAGCGCGAUCGGGAUCGCGAGCGGGAUCGUGAUGGAGGCAGCUAUCGGGAGCGGUCACGAAGCAGAGAACGGGAACGUCAGGCUCCAGAUCACUACAGGGAUGAUAGCCGAUCAGUUCGUCCGCGAAAGUCUCCAGAGCCUGUAGUUGCAGAGGCCGCAGAGGCGCCUUCAUCGAAGCGGUACUAUGAGGACCGUGAGCGGUACCGCUCCUCAGACCGGGAACGGCGUGACCGGGAUCGAGACCGUGACCGCGAGAGGGAGCGUGAUCGCGACAGGCGCGAGGAGCACCGUUCCCGGCAUUGACUGUCUUAAGCGGAGGGAUUGGAGCAGCGCAGUAAAUCGUAAUCAAGAGUAAAGAUGAAACACAGAUAUACUAAACACACUCUAUUAACAAACAAAUAAGCCGCAGCUUGGUGGGAUAACAAGCUAGCCACAAUUAACAGAUUUUCGAUUUGUAUCUAACAUUACCAAUACGUAGGAUAUGAAUAUGGCAUACAGCAUAGUUCUCCUAGACAUACUUAAAUAAGCCGAAAUGCUGACAAGAUUUUACCAACGACGGACGGGGACUGUCUCCGAAUUUCUCCGACCUCUCAACCCAGAAUCCUGGUAGCAGCAGAAGGAUCAAUGGAAGAGUGAACGGACAGUCAGCGUGGGACAUUUUAGACACUGAUGGCCACUGGAUCAUCAAACAACAAACAAGUAGCAAUCCUGCACCGCCGUCUUCGCAGCAGAUUUUCAAUAUUAUUGUACUCUAAAGUUUCGGUUUAUUUAAUAAAACAUAAACGUAUGAAAAAAGAAUUGUUCCAGAAAAAAAAAAUUUACAAAACCUGUCUUGCAUUGUGUGUCUUCUUGUACUCUUAUUAUAAAAACCAAACCUAAUCUUAUUAGUUAAUGAAUUUAUAAUUGUACAACAAAAUUGUAUGUAAAAUGCCAAAAUUAUUGCACUUGUGAGUGCAAUUUAUAUUGAAAUUGUUAUAUUAACAAAAUCAUUUCGCCGACUGAGGCUGAAAAUCUUUAGCUCUUAUGUAUGUUCGAAGAUUACGCGAUUCUUUUGUUGUAAACAUUCCCAAUGCAUUUGUUUAAAAUUGUUUUUAUUUAUCAUAUAAAUUUAAGCCGAUCAUAGUGUGCCUGUGACUGAGUGUGAGUGGAAUUGUAGCAACUAAAUGCCGACUGAUCCUAUCCGCAAAACGGAAAAGGGAACCAUAGUAAAAUAUGUAUGUAUAGAUUAAGUCGAGUGCGUGAGACUUUUUGCCGUAACCAAGAUUUUUAGACUAAAUUUAUCUAUAAAGACGUCCUAACCGCAUUUAGCGUAGUUAAUUACACUAACGAUCGAAUUUGAUGUAGUUCCUAACAUAGGUUCCAAGACAAAAACAACGUUAUCUAGUUUCUCUCGAGAUACUGUAAUGCUCGCGGCCCAUUUCACACAAUUAUCUUUUCUAUUGUAUCAUCAACAUUUAACUUCUUUUAAUUUUAGCUUUACUUUUUAUUUGUAAAUACAUUUUGUAAACAAAAAUUGACUAAGAUCAUGACGCACUAAUCCCGAAUUACAAUUACGCCUCUGUAACCGCAAGUCCACAAUUUGAAAAGUACCUGUAACUCUCCGCAGAGCGAGAGCCUGAGGUGUUAUGAGUAUUAUGAGCUUAACGAUGUCUUGUACAAUUUAAACUGUGAUUGUGAUCUUGAUGAAACAAACAACAUAAAAAAUUAUACAAACGAAUAUUGUCUGUUAAGUCAUGCCCAAGCAGGUAAAGUUGUCCUAUUCUUGUAGGACUUUUUUUUUUAUAGUUUGUAAACCUUGAGAUCCCUCGUUUAAUGAACUAAUCAAUGAUCCGACUCUAGUCGCCAAGUUUUAAGAGAAUCAAUUCAUUGACUGUUUAUGAUUACAAUAUACAUUACUUCGCACAAUGUUUUUAGAAAAUACGUCAAUUGACUUGUUUCGAUGUAGCGCGAAAUAAAAAACAAUUUUAUUAGA